CUCACAUCAUCACAGCUUCAUCACUUUCGAAAAGAGGGCAUUUUGCGAAACAGCAACUCACAACGUCAUGGAUCCCAACUAUAACAAUAACUCUGGUGCGAGCGGCAUGAACAAUAAUAACUACAACAACAAUAACAACAUGGGCUACAACCAAAAUUCUGGUAUGGGUGGCGGCCCAAAUAACAACAUGAACAACUACAACUCGAGUAUGAGCGGCGGCAACAACAAUGGCCAGCCGAAGGAAGACUAUCUUGACAAGGCUGUUGAUGCGGUGGAGAAGAAGCUGGGUGCAAUGACUGGCCACAAUGUCGACCCCAAGAAGUACAGAGCGCAAAAUGAGAAGUUCACGGACAAGCUUCGUGGUCUCUUUGAAUCGAAGUCGGGCAAGAAGCUGCCCAGCAAAUUCUCCAACUGAUCACGACUACCAGACUUUGAUACCCGCCGAAUUAUGAGGAGCACGGCACUUUGAAACAUGAAUCAGAUACGAUGAUACCAGUAUAGCAACAUCAUUUACAGCAACAGAACUGCAGACACUUCAUUUCUCGUUCGCC